AUGGAUGAAGAAUAUGAAGAUAUCACGUGUUGUCAUCGAAUAACUAUAUUUCAUCCCGUGAUACGAAACAUGCUUAUAACGAAACCGGUUAUACAGUAUUUUGGAUUCGAUCGUGUGACUUGGUCAAAUUUGUUUGACAUAACGACUUACUUAGGCAUAAUAAUAAUGGCUUGGGCAGUGUUGUAUUUUUUAUUUGACAAAACGAUGAUACCAAACAAUGAUGGUUUUGGUUUAUAUUUUCUUGCAAUAUUUUCUUAUUGUCUUGGCAAUUUUUUUUCGAUUAUUCCAUAUGUAAAACUUCCACCCAUGCUUGGAAUGUUAAUCGCUGGCUUAAUCGUUCGUAACUCCGGACUCUACAAUAUUCGCGAAGAACUUGGUAUCAGAACAACCACUAAGAUCAGAACAUUUUGUGUAACUUUUAUCAUGAUACGUUUUGGACUUCAGUUAUCGUUCACCAGUAUAACCAAGAAUACAAUGUUCAUAAUAAUUUUGGCCAUUGUUCCUUCUUCAAUCGAAAUACUUAUGAUCACAGUAUAUUGCAGAUUCAUUUUAUUAUUUCAUUGGGACUGGUCCUUUAUGACUGGAACAAUACUUAGUGGUAUAUCGCCAGUGGUGAUCAUGAGCACUCUCCUAGCUUUAGUCGAACAAGGUUAUGGAGAAGCUAAAAGACUAGACACAAUUCUCUGCACUGCUGCUUGCAUCGACGCUGUACAUGUUAUUGCCCUGUUCGUGAUUUGUUUUUCGAUCGUUUUCGCUACUGAUGAAUAUAAAACUCAAUGGUGGUUAUAUUUAUUCAUUGGUCUUCGCGAUAUAAUUUUGGGCCUUUCAAUGGGAAUGUUUUUAGGGACUUGUUUCAUCUUUUUCCCCCAUCGUAGUCAUAGACACGUGGAUCGGUAUCGUGUAAUCUGCUUGGUACUCGGUUCUUUGAUGUGCACAACAGGAAUUGCGAAGAUAGUUAUCUCCGGUGCAGGAUUUUUAUCCACUUUAACGUUGGCAUUUAUCAGCAUAACCGGUUGGAAAAUUUUAUCGCAUAAAUUUGAUUCAGCUAAUUUACGAAGAAUCAUGCAUACACUUUGGAAACUGGCACAACCAAUUUUAGUCGGAAUUAUAGGUGCUGACAUUGAUUUAACACUGUGGAGUAUAUCCAAAUUCGGAUUACAUUUAUUUUGCAUUCUGAUUGGAUUAAUGGGACGAUGCAUUACUGCUUAUAUCGUAGCAUGGUCGAUUAGUUCAUUUACAUGGAAAGAACGAUUGUUCUUAAUUACGGCUUCUGUACCAAAAGGUACUUUGCAGGCAGCUUUAGGACCAUUAGCGUAUGAACAAUUGCGGAACAACGAAGGAAACGAGGAAUUCGAAAUGGCUUUGGACAUUAUCAGGUUAUCCGUACUUACUUUUUUCCUGGCACCGCUCGGAUGCUGUUUGAUGAACUAUACCGGACCGAUUUUCCUUGAACAGAUUACUGAAGAGCAACGUCAAAAAGAACGCGAAUUAAGUUAUUUGCGAAUUCUUUCUCUUUUGCCAGAAUCAUCUAACAAUCAGGAAUUAUAAAACUACAUGCUUACAUACUUUUUCUAUAGAAUCAAUCGAUUCUAUAGAAUCUGACAUUGCAAUAUCGACAACCAUGAUCGACCAAUCAGAGUUAUCGAUAUCUUCGCGAUAAAUAUUGCAUAUCGCUAUAAUUUAAAAUUUAAUAAACUUGACGAUGUAUUAAAGUUUUCAUAGAUAGAGAAUCGUCCAAUUGUUGAUACGAUUUUUCAUUACUUUUUUUUUUUAAAUUUUUUCAAAGCUAUUUGUUAUGAAUUUAUGAUUUUUAUUUGAUAUUUUAUCUUUAAAAUAAGAAAAAAUUUUUCAUAAUUUAUAAAACUUUGUACUUGUAAUGUUUUACAUAACCUUAUAUUGUCGUAAUAUCUUGUCUUAUAUCCUAAUUUAUUAUUGAUUAAUUAUGUAUGUAACAGUUAUUGUUAAAAAUUUUUGUCAUUAAAAUUAAACUUGUUUGUUGAAAUAACUAUUUCAAGAGUUAAACUCUCAUAAUCUCGUUUAAUAGAAUAUAAAAUACAGGAUGAAAUACAGGAUAGAUUUAACAUUACAUUACAUUUCAUAAAACUUUGUGUCUCUUGUACUGAAAUGUCAAUUGCUUAGAAAAUUAAAAUUAUGUUUGAUAUACUCUUUAUGAUUGUAAAAAUUGUAUAUAUAAAAUUAUAUAUAUAUUAAAAUAUUAAACAUUAUAUAUAAAAUAUUCUUAUAUAGUAUUACAUUAUAUUCAUAAAUUUUUCGAUUAGUUUGAAUUGAUUGUUAGAUUCAUUUAUGAAUUAAAUUAUUCACGAAGGAAUUAGCGCCAUCUCUAGAAUGUCAUAAAUGAAGUAGUACAGAGAAGAAAAAAAAUAUAGGAGAGAUAAAGCAAAAAUUUAAGAAUCAUUGUCAUUUUUAAAAUGCUAUAUAUGAAAUUAAAUAUGAACAAGAAGAGCAAAUAAUAAAAGAAGAGUAAAAAUAAAAUAGAAUAAAAUAGAAAUAACCAUUAGCGUCAUCUCUUAAGAGAUUUUAGAAAAUAAUUCUUUUUCUAGUUCUUAAAAGAUGGCAUUAAUGGUUACUUCUUAUUUUAUUUCUCUCUUUUUCUAAUAUUUACUUUAUUUUUAUAUAUUUAAUCUACAGUAUUCUAGAAAUGACGUUGGUUCUUUGAUUUUUAUUUUCUAUAUAUUUUCUGUCUUUUUUUCGUUAUUAAUAUUUGUUCAUACAUAAUUAUGAUCAGAGACAAAAUUGGAUGAUAUAUUCAAUUGAAUAAUAUAUUUGCAUUAUUUCUCUUUGAAAAAUCUUGGAUUGAUUAACAAAGUAAUAUUGAUAAUAUCUAUAUUUAUAAAUAGAUUUCAUAUGAAUUUAUCACUUUUUUGUCUCUACAUAUAUAUAAUAGAUCUAACAAUUAUUUUAAAUAGCAUAAUGUAAUAGCAUAAUGUAGUUCUAAUGAUACAAAAAAGAAAAUAGAAAAGUAACUUUUAACGUGUUUGUAGAAAUGAGUCUGAUCUUAGUAUCAUUUAGAUCGUUGUUGAAUAGUUUUAAGUGAUAUAAGUGCUAUAAUUAUGUAUCAAAGAUUAUUAAGUAUGGUCGGGAAAAAUGAAAUAUUAUU